CUAGAAAAGGGAAGACCCUCAUCCAAAAAAGUGCAGAGACCAGCACGAUGUGGAGGCAAACUUUGCAUCGUGAAAUUUAGUAAACUUUGGGGAGGAAUGGGCCAAAAUGGAUCAUCAUAAUGUUUAAGAGACACUCAUGAUGAUAAACUACACCAGCUUUUGGCUCUCUUUUUUGACUUAAAUUGUUCUCUAACAAUGAUAUUCUCUUCUGCUUUAGAAUGCUAAUUUGAUAGCAAAGAAUGAUUAAAGCAGUGCUUAGAAUCAGACAUGGUCAUGAUUUCGUCUAAGGUGAAAAAUUAAACAUGAUAAAAUAAUUUUUCUUGAAUUUGCAAUCAUCAAUGAGAUAAUUUUAUAUUUGAAAAACUCGGUAAAAAUACAAUAGUAGUCAAAAAUAUAAAAAAAAAGUAUCAGUCUUUGUAUACCAAAUAAAUAUUCAUAAUUUAGUUAGUUGUUCAGUUUUCGAAUGAUUUUCUUUGUCAACAAAAAAUUAGGAUUUGUCCUUGGUGUUGAAUUUAAAAACCCAAGGAUUUAUUGGGGAUUUGGUGCAUUAUGGAUUUGAAACAAUUCUUCGUUUAUUGAGUUGUUUUGGUCAUGGAUUUAAGGAAUUGAGAUUUGUAACUUAAGAAACUAAUUUACCUUAUUACCCUUUUAUAUUAUACUAGUUGGUUGGUUCGCGCUUUGUAGCGGGAUGUUUAAAAGAAACAUAUCAAUAAUUAUCGGCUGAUGUCUCUUUAAACAAUAAUUACUAUGUAAAUCUCAUUAAAUUAAGAAAAAUACUUUGCUCAAGUCGUGGUAGUAGCGGUUGAGAUAAUUUGUGUCCAUUUGGUCGUAAUUUAGAAGAUUUUUAGGAGAGUGAUGCAAGAUAAGAUGCCGAGAUUGAACUCACAUCAUCAAUAUGGCACUCAAUAUUACAAUUCUUUCAAAUUAGAUACUAUCCUCUAAAAUUAUAUAAAUCAUUGCGAUGUCGCGCCUAAAUAAAAUUCUACAUUCCAUGAUUACGUGAUUGUCCAACAAUACAAUCUUGAUGAGUUCCAUUACGAGAAGGAAGAGGUGCUCCGUAUUUAUGGGGAAACAAAAUCGACAAUAGAGAAAUAUAAUAGAAAGAGGAUAAACUUGGAAUAAUAAAAAUUAAUAGGGAUAUAGGUAUCAUUUUACAGCUUGGUUUUUCAAACAUUACCCUAAUCCCAAGUUAUCAUGUGAGAUUUGUAAAUCCGUGGGGCCCACGGAUUUGGAACCAAAAUAAAAUCCAAAUCCGUGGCCCCACGGAUUUGUCUCCAAAAAUUUUGGCCAAGCAAACAAAGGAUUGUGACCAAAUCCUUGAUGGUUUGGUUUUUUGUACCAAAUCCUUGAUGCAAAUCCAUGAAGCAAACGACCCCUUAGAAUCAUAACUUGAAUUAUUGAGAGACGUUCAAUAAUGGAUCUUAUACAAUUUACUAGCACAAACAUUGAGUGGGAGUGUAGCUAAUGGUGAACAGUCAGUCUCAUGAUUUCAUGUUAGACCCUACUGUAAAUUGAGUUUCUUUUGAUAGGAUUUAGCACAUUAAAUAAUUAACCAUGUGCUUCCCUCUCAUUCUUGUUGCUCUCCAAGACAAAUUUACGGCUGCAUAAUUGUCAUUAAUAAUGUCUAAUAAUAAUUUAUAUGCAAUCCCCACAUUUCCUUUGUGUAUAUCCUACUUGUUGAUUUUUGCUCACUAUCAAGACUAUAAACCUUGUGCUACACGAAUGGAGCAAAACUUGAAGUUCAAACAGUCAGAGUGGUGCGUUGUUAGUGGAGCAACCAUUUUAUGGAGGCAGCAUCGCGAGAAGUCUCGUUUUUCUCACUCACGCUCGUACAGUCGUAUGGAUAUCGUUAUGUUGUUCAGAUACUCAGUCAGUUUAUGGGCGUUGCUCAUAUUAGUCAUCUUGAUGUUGUUCAUAGUUUGUUGCGUUACUUUCAACAUACCAAGGCUGUUGGUCUUGUCUUUCCCGUGGGAGGGAGCUAGACAGCUAGUGUUAGAUACAUUUGCGUUGCCUAUGCUCGUUGUCUAUAUACGAGAAGAUUCAUGCUAGGUUGGUGUGCUCGUUUUGGUGGCUCUUUUGUUCCUUGGAGGUGUUGCGCGCGAGCAUGAUCGAGUUUCCAAAUAAUCUAUCAAGGCAGAUUAUAGAUCGAUGUCCGAGGUGGCCUCAUAAAUGGUUUGGCUUCAAACAUUUGCUUCAUGAAUUGUGUAUUGCCGACUUCCUAUGAGGAUUUUUGGGGGUAAUGCGGGUGUUAUAUAUACACAUAGCAAUAAACUCAGUUCUACAUAAUCAUACUAAACAUAUACAAGUUCAUGUGCACUAUAUUUGUCAAUUGGUAACAAAACGGGAACAAUACAACUCUGUAUCUAUCGACAAAAGAUCAUACAACGGUUAUCUUGACGAAAGCUACGACUUCCAGUCGAUAUUGGUAUAUAUUGUCUCAACAUUAAUUUGGGAGAGAGUGUUAAUCAUAGGUAACAUUAACAUUUAACACUUGCUGUUAGAGUUAGUUGGCUGGGUUGCAGGUGCAAGGUACUGUGAUUAAGAUUGGUCUAUCCCUGAUCCCCCAAAAUCAAAAAAUUUUACAGAACAGGACACCUUCGCAGCUGCAUGCAUUAAUUAACGUUCAUACUGGAUCUGUAUAACAAUGGUCCUCUCUUCAUCAUCACCCAUCCAACUCUUGCAGUACAAUGUCACCCGCUGAAACGAUAUAUCGUACCGGUGAUUCAACCGUAAAAAAAAAUACUCUAUCGGUAGACAGUUUUUAAUGAUAUGAAACGAUUAAAUCACGGUUUCGAUAAUUUUUCUGACACAACCUCCAAUACGGUAUCGCAAUCCUCGAUCAAAAGUCGAAUUGGAACCCCCCAAUCGCAUUAAUUACUUGGCCAUGAUUGUUGUCAACAUGGGACCUAGGUGCAUCCUGCAAAUACAGUUCAUGAUAUACGACCUUUGAUUUAUAACCAAUGUCACCAUCUCCCAUCACCACAGCCCAAUGCAACAUGGCAGGGAGUAAAUUUACCCCUCUGAUGGCUACAGAAAAUUGACCACCAUGCUCCUCCUCACUGUCCCACAAAAAACCAAUCCCAACUUUGUUUGCAAAUAGGCGGGGAUAAUUACGUGUUUAUGCCUCUUCAAUUCUCCGAUCAACAAUCGGAUGUGUGCUGCACGAAAAUACUCUGCAUAUUUUUCUUAUGUUCCGUAUGCACCAUAAUCGUCUGACCACAAAUCGAACGAUUGAGUAGGUGCAAGCACGAUACUUAAUAAAUUUAUACCCUACCCUAAUAAGAGGAUAGCCAAACAGAUUUCUGGUCUUCUGGGUUUCUAUUUCUGCAAUUACUUUACCUUCAAACAAAGAGAAGAACAUAAAAAGAUCAAAAGAAUACCCUGUGCAUGGACGCUGAUAAUGAUAGCAUUUUAGGGCUAAGCCCAAAAGUAAAAUUCUCCAAGUUCAGUGAACCCAUAGAACCAAAAGAAGAAACACUAUGGGAUAAUGGAGACAAUGACAGAAGAAAGUGUGCCUCAUAUAGGUAUAUUUGUCUCAUUACAGCCUAAAUAUGACCAUUCCAAGGCUACAGUAAACAGUAAAAACUUGA